UAGAUAAACGGCCGCCAUCGCCACCCACGUGAAUGGCUCCGCGUCAGGCUGCAGAGAGCCCACCGGAGGAUUCCCCGCCGCGGAGUCUGCCUUCCGACUUUCCAGGGUUGCUGGGGAAAUUAUUUAGCCCAAGUGCAGCAUGAAAGUGACCACGUUAUUCUCCUGCAGUUUAACAACAGUCUUCCUUUCUUCUAUUAAAGCAGAUCAGUGCAGUGUGUACAAUUGGAGCAGCAAGUUACAGCAUUUUGUACUUGAAGGCCAGCCUUUGGCUAUCAACUGUUUGCCAGACAAAAUGCUAAAUCUGGAGCUCGAAGAGCACAACUUGACCUGGUACCGAGCUGGUGAUCACACUCCUGUGUUGGAAGACCCGCAUUCCCGAAUUCAGCAGCGGGCAACCUUCAUUUGGUUCCUUCCUGCAAUUUUAGAAGAUUCGGGGUCUUAUGAAUGUGCUAUAAGGAAUUCAACGCAUUGCAGCAAAAUGUAUUUUAAAUUAUCAGUCUUUCAAAACACUAAUGGUUCGUGUUUCAAUGCCAAGUUUGCCCUUCUUCAGGAUGUGAUCACAGCAUCAAAUUCAAAGAUUGUGUGUCCUAAUCUGGAUUAUUUCAAUGACAAACCCCCCAUUUUAACCAUUCUCUGGUACAAGGAUUGCAAAUUAAUUAAGGACAGAAGGUUUCGGCCUUUAGAUAAGUUUCUUAUGAUUGCCAAUACAACUGUGGAAGAUCAAGGAAACUAUACAUGCCAAAUGCCGUACUAUUACAUGGGAAAACAAUACAACGUUUCAAGAGACAUCAGUCUGGAAGUUAGAGAAAGCCCACCAAGGAAGCCUCCAGAAAUUUUUUUCCCAAGAAACCACUCAAUUGAAGUAGAACUUGGUUCUAAUAUCAUAAUUGACUGCAAUACAUCAGGUGCCGAAGUAGAUCAUGUGUUCUGGACAGUGAAUAACUCCUAUAUUGAUCACUAUUACAAGCAUAGCAAAAACGUUUUUGAAAUUUACGAGAAAGAGAUUGUCCUUGAAGGAAAGCCUUUUUUAAGAGUGAGACUGAACAUUUCAAAAGUCAGUGACGAGGAAUAUGAAAAUGUGUUUGUGUGUCACGCUUUGAAUUCUUUUGGUCAAGUUGCAGCACAUGUUACACUGAGGAGCAAAGUUCCAGAUUUUCGGGGACCACUGAUUGGAAUGUUUCUAGUGGGAUUUCUGCUAACUACAGCUGCUAUAUUAUUCUACAGUUUCUUCAAGAUUGAUAUUAUUCUCUGGUAUCGGAGUUCCCGCUGUCCUUUGACCAGUAAAGAAGUUUCAGAUGGGAAGAUCUACGAUGCCUUUGUCUUGUAUCCAACAGCUGAUACAGUGGCUCGGAUGUACAGCAUAGAUAACUUUGUUCUAAAGCUGUUACCUGAGGUUUUGGAGCGACAGUGUGGAUAUAAGCUUUUUAUAGUUGGAAGGGAUGACCUACCAGGGCAAGCUGUGGUGAGUGUAACCGAAGAUACUAUUAAACAAAGCAGAAGGCUGAUGAUCAUUUUGGAACCGGAACUAUCAAGCUGCAGCAGGUUGGAAGAAACAUCCGAGCAGCAAAUAGCCGUGUACAAUGCACUCGUUCACUGUGGUAUUAAAGUGAUACUAAUUGAGAUGGAAAAGAUAAAGAACUACACAAGCAUGCCGGAGUCUAUUCAAUACAUUAAGCAGAAGCACGGAGCGAUCCGGUGGAAACAAGACUCUGCAGAAAAAUCUCAAUUGGCUAGUACACGGUUCUGGAAAAAUGUGAGAUAUCAGAUGCCACUCAGGAGAACUGUGUCUCUUUCAGAAAUCCACUUAUUGCCACAGUUUCAUAGCGAUCCUGUAAUGACUAUCACAAGGUGAUCAUCACAAUAAUCAGGUCAACUGGAAAAAAAGGCCUCACCAGCUUUCGUACAUCCAAAGGAAAGCAUUCCGGAUUAAUCCCUUAAAAAAAUAUUGGAGCCCUGAAAUUCUGCAGGGAAUUGCCCUGAGCAUAGUCCCAUUUGGCAUGGUUAGUGCAUGCAGUAUGUUUCCCGAGACAGGCUUUAGGCUGAGAAGCAUCUGUCAUGCUCCAGGAUUGACAGCACUGUAUACCUGUACACAUGCUCAGUUCUCCCCAAAGCAUAGGGGUUUUUGAAGUGUUAAGUCAGGAGGAGAGGGUGGUCUUUCCUUGGACAGCGCUUGACAACCAGUUGUCCCUGUCUUUCUGCUUCCCUGCAGCUAGCUUACUGUUGUUCCUGCGGAAAGAAGAGCAGUGGUACAGAGUUGAAUUAUGAUUGACAAAGCAGUCAUCUUAUUUUUGCGUUCAAAGAACUGUGAUGAGCUGAUUUGAAAAGCCUGUUAAGAAUGCAAGAAAUAUCUGAAGAAUUGUUACCAAAUAUAUUGUAUAUAUUUUUAUACUUAAUAUAGUUCAUAAAAUAAUUGGAUGGUAAAUGCAUGAGCAUACAAACAUAACAUUUUACACUAGAUUUGUGUGAUUUCUGGAUAAUUUCCAUUAAAAC